CGGGCAGUGCGCGGCCAGCGCCUGACUUCAGCACAACCCCACCGCGGGGCUGCGAGCCGCUCGGACCGUCGCGCGUUUGUCACGCAGCCGAAAUGGAAGUCGAACUGUCGGCCCGAGCCCCGUCUCAGGCCAAGUUCUCUGCCCUGCCCCAGUCAGAGAGUCCCGGUGACCGACACGACGGCGACACGGACACGGAGACCAUGGGGCUAGGGGUGCAGCUCGGCGGUGGCCGCGGGGGUGGCUCCGGCCGUCGGGAGACGCGGGCAGCGCGCGCCGCGGGCGUGGCGGCCGGGGCGGGCAUCCUGGUGCUGCUGCUGCUCAUCGUGCUGCUGUGGACGGGCGUCGGCACCGGCGUCUUCCGGCACGCUCCGCAUACGGCGUCGGCCCGCCGGAGGACGCCUAACGACCCGCCCCCCUCGGCCCACGCCGCGGCCGCCGCCCCCUCCGCCCGGGCGGCGUCGGCGUCGGGGCCCGCAGCCACCCUGGGGCCAGGAGACGGCGGCGGCGGGGGAGUCGACGACGCCAUCGACCUGCUCGGGCACAGCGGCGAGAACGACAGCGAAGUGGUGAUGAUCGGAGAGGUCCUGGAGGAGGACAAGGUGCCCAUGUCCCUCGCCGAGGUGGUGCUGCGGCCCGACGAGGGAGUACCGGACGACACGCCGCUCGCAGACAGCGUCCAGGAGACUGUCCAGUCGGAGACACAAUCAGGGACGUCGCCGUGGACACAGCCGUGGACGCCGACGCAGCCGCCCGGGCAACCCCUCUCGCAGUACGUGAAGCCGGUCAAGGUGGCGCCGCCGCCCCUCGCCGAGCGGGACCUGCGCAGCGGGGCCGCCCCCACCACCGGUUCGCCCCCUCUCCGUCCCUCCGGACACUUUCGACACAUGCAGGCCGACCUGUGGGACCCUCACCCGCAGUACAGAUUCACGGCGUUCGGCAUCUCCUUCUGGCUGCAGCUCGCCCACGACGCCGGCUUCGUCGACCCCAACAUCCUGGUGACGCACAUGACCCACAACACGACGGUGCGCUCCCCGGCGCGCCAGCACGCGCAGUGCUUCUACACGGGUCGCGUCCGCGACGACCAGAAGUCCUCCGUCGCCGUCAACCUCUGCCACGGCAUGCGCGGCACCAUCCGCACGUCGCAGGGGAGCUUCUUCAUCGAGCCCGUGGAGGAGGAGCGGCCCGUCGACGAGGAUGACAACGACGCCGGCGAGGAGGACGCCGGGACCGGGGCGGCGGCGGCGUCCGCGGGCCAGGCGUCCCCGCGGCCCAGCCCGCUGCACGUCAUCUAUCGCGUGCCCAAGCCUCCGCACGAGAACCUCGCCGAGGAGCCCACCCACCACUGCGGCAUGGUCGACGGUGAGUCCACCUUCAGUCCCGUCGGGGAGACGUAAGCGGCGCGUAGUGGG